UGGGUUAUUUUUAAAAUUGUUGCACGUGCUCAAAGAGUACUUUGUAUAUCUAGGACAAAUUUAUUUAUAAAAUUUAUUUAUGAUUUUAUUAAAUUUCGUAAUUUACAUUUGAAAUAGUUAGUAUAUUUCCUAACACGAAUAAACCUACAAUGAAAAACAAAAAAUCGACGAAACCUACUAAAUCGCCCUCGGAAAUCGGAUCAGAUUCGGAAGAGGAGCUAUCGCCAGAGACGCAUAAGCAGUCACUGGAAAAGUUAAAGAAAAUCGAUCCAGAUUUUUACAAUUUCCUUGAAGAAAACGAUGAAAAUCUAUUAAACUUUGAAGCUGAUUCUGAUGAAGAUGCUUCAGUUAAUGAUGAACAUAAAGAUGAUAAAGUACACGUACCUGGACCCAUCACCGGCGACAGUGAUGAAAGUGACUUUGAAGACGAAAAUGCCAAAGUUGUGCAGGGUAAAGUUACCCUUAAAAUGGUAUCCCAGUGGCAGGCAGAAUUACAAAGGGAGGGUAAAAUAAAGUUAAAGUCUUUGACCACUGUUAUCAAAGUCUUUAAUGCUGCUAUGUUGAGAGUUACCAGUGAAGAUGGCACUUCAGAUGGAGAGUUUAAAGUUGAAGGUUCCUCUGUUUUCAAUGCUGUCAUACAAAUGUGUGUUCUGUAUCUACCUAGUGCAAUUAAAAAGUAUUUAGGUAUGGAACAGUCUGGUAAAGAUCCACAGAAAUGCAAACACUUCAUAAAAAUAAAGGGACCCUUGCUUGCUUACCUCAAAGAUUUAUUGAAACUACUUAGUGGUGUAACUUCCGACAAUAUUCUGACCGUACUUCUCAAACAUUUACAUCAAAUGUCAGUUUAUGUAGCCUGCUUUAACAGCAUAUCGAAACAGGCUCUAAAGAAGCUUAUCACAUUAUGGAGUAGUAGUGAAGAAACUGUGCGAGUCCUAGCAUUUUUAUGCAUUUUAAGAAUAACUAGAAACCAACAAGCAGCUCUUUUAGAUCUGGUUCUGAAGGCUAUGUAUUUAACUUAUGUUAAAAACUGCAAGUUCGUGAGCCCUUCAACUUGGCCAGGAAUUAAUUUCAUGAGGCGAUCAUUAGUUGAAAUGUUUACACUUGAUUUGAAUGUAUCAUAUCGUCAUGUCUUUUUAUAUAUAAGACAGCUUGCCAUACAUUUGCGUAAUGCCAUUGUAGUACAAAAAAUAGAAAAUAGACAGGCAGUGUACAAUUGGCAGUUUGUUAAUUCACUGCAUUUAUGGGCUGAUUUAAUAUCAGCUACAUCGAAUAAACCUCAAUUGCAACCUUUACUGUACCCACUGGUGAUGGUCAUAACAAACACAAUAAAGUUAGUGCCGACUCACCAAUACUACCCAUUGAGGUUCCACUGUGUUGAGAUACUCAUCAAUCUUUCAAAGGAAACAGAUACCUUUAUUCCCAUACUGCCGUUUAUAGUUGAGGUAUUAACAACAUACGAUUUUAACAAGAAGAAUAAGAAAGUGUCUAUGAAGCCCCUUGAUUUUUCAUGUAUUUUAAGAUUAGCAAAAUCUCAGCUAAUGGAAAAUGGGUUUAAAGACUCUGUGAUAGACAGAGUUUAUGGGCUUUUGUUGGAAUAUAUGGCAAGCAUAUCACACACCAUUGCAUUCCCAGACAUUUCACUAUUAGCUGUUAUACAGAUAAAGCAGUUUCUAAAGACAUGUUCAGUUUCAAAUUACACAAAAAGAUUACGUCAGUUACUGGAAAAAAUUGAAGAAAAUUCGAAAUUUAUAGAAAAAGAAAGAGCUCAAGUGAGCUUCGCAUUAAGUGACGAAAAAAUGGUAGCGGCGUGGGAAGCGAGAAUUAAAACAAAAGGUACUCCUUUGCUGACGUUCUUUGAAAGCUGGAACAAAGUAAACAAGAUACAAAAACGUAAAAGGAUUACCAAGAAUGAUGAAAUAGCUGGGGAGCUGCCCAUGAUCAAGAGGGCGAAAAUAGCUGAAAAAGAAGACAAAGCACCCAAACCUGAAAACAAAGGUCCAUUAGUUCUAUUCCCAUCUGAUAGUGAAGAUGAAGAGACCAAUUUCAAGUUAGACGAGGAAACAGAAAAACCGAAAAAAGCUAAAUUAAAAAAGAAAGCUAACAAAAAGAAAGAAAAAAAGAAAGAAACAAUAUCGGAAAUUAAUAUACCAGACAAAGAAGAUGUAGUACAGGAUUUCAGUGUCAGUGACUGGUGAAAAAUAAAUUUUUACUAUAUGUA